AUGUCAACCGUCUUAACACCAACAAACCCAUCUUCACCGGCGGAGGUAGUUGGUGGAAGCGACGACCUUCUCACCGAAAUCCUCUCCUACAUCCCUGUAAUACCCCUGUUGCGAUUUAAAUCCACCAGCAAGCAAUGGAACACCAUCAUCUCCCACCGCACUUUCUCUCUCCUCCAUACUUCCAGCCACCUCCACUCACCGUCCUCCGGCCUCUUCUUCCACCAACACCACCACUCUCUCUAUCCUCUCUACGAUUUCAUCUCCUUUACCUCUUCAUCCUCCCAUCGCCCUACUUUCUUCUCUCUCCUCAAAUCUUGCACUUUCGAUAUUCUCCAGUCUUGCAAUGGCCUCUUCCUUUGUUCUUUUAAUUUGUCAAUUUUCGUUUGCAAUCCAACUACUAAUCAAGAAACUCGCAUUGAUUUACCUGUUCAUGUAACUGAGACGGAUGAUUUUCUGUUUCGGGGUUUUAAUUUAGGGUUUGAUCCUGCAAGAUCACCGUAUUAUCAGGUUCUUUGUGUUUGGGCGUCGAAGAUUGAGGAUAAUGCAUACUUGAUUGAUUUAUAUUCUUCGGAAACUCAACAAUGGAGGAGAGAAGUGAUUGAUGUUUUUAGGGUUCCAUUUGAUGUUGAAUUUGAUCAUAGGGUUUAUUGGGAAGGUAGGGUUUACUGGUUGAGUCAUACCGAAACUACGAUAUUCUUCGACUUUGACAAAGAAUGUGUGGAAUCAUUGGCAUUACCAAAGGCAAUUGAAGGGGAUUACAUUGAGAGGUUUCGAUAUUUUGGUGAGUCUUGUGGGCAUUUACAUUUGAUCGAAAUUCGAACAAAUUCCGUUGACGAAUUCGAUGUUUUGGAGUUGAAUAGGAAGAAUAAGACUGAAUGGGUUGUCAAGUAUAGGGUUAACCUUGAUGUUCUGGGACGUGGUUUUGAAACCGAAAUGUUUCAAGAUCAUAGUGAUAGGUUUUGGCGUGGAUUAAGGUUGUAUGCAUUUUCAAUUCUUGCUGUUGUUCGUGAGAAUGUCGGAGAUGAUGAAGAUGAUGAUUCGGCAUUGGUUUUAUCGAUUCCUGGUAAAGUGAUUUCUUACAAUUUAAGAACUAAGGUAUCAAAAUUGUUGUGCAAUGUGGUUGAUGAAAGUGAUAGGUUGUUUCCUUUUAGAGGCUAUAAUGCUUUUCAAUUCACUGAAAGUAUUUACUGUGUUUGA